GUGUCAUGCUCUUCGGCAUCGCAAAGGAGAAGUCUGAAAUCUAGAGGGUAUCGUCAACGAGAGGAAGAAGAUCGAGGGAAAGUGGAUCGAAGUUGUUGUCAAAGGAUCGCGUCAGGCGAUCUCGAUCUCGUCGUAUUAACUAAUAGUCUCAGUGUUUCAGACUGACAAAUGGUGUUAGCAUUUUUCCUCGGUCUAUGUAUCGCUUCUGCGGUUGGAUUACGUGGUCCACAUCAUCCAAGAAGCUCCGUUUCUCAUCAUCAUUACUCGCCUCAUAAAGGUGUUAAAUUGACGCAAGAUACCGAAUUGCUUCACGAUGCCACUCACUUGAAGGAAGACAUGGGACCGAUAGCGUCCCAGCUUGAUUUUUCGAAAAUGAGCGAACAGGAGAUUGAAUUCCAUUACUUCAAAGUGCACGAUAUCGAUAAUAAUACAAAAUUAGAUGGCCUUGAAAUUCUUCAUGCCAUUCAACAUACAUUUCACGAACAUAAUGUGGUCGAUGAAGAUGGUAGAAGUUUUGUGGAUGAUGAGCCACAAAUACAAGAAGACGAAUUGCCACGGAUCGUAGGUUUUAUAGACAGAGUAUUGGAAGAAGAUGAUUUGGAUAAUGAUGGUUAUUUAGGAUACGUUGAAUUUGUUUUGGGAAGGCGAAAGGAUCAUAUUACGCAAGCAAAAAGAAUUGGUAGAAAUAAUAUUAAAAAAUAAAAGGACGACCA